ACCCAAAUUCAAGUGUGUUCGAGUCUAGCCAACUGUUGUACGUGGCCUAUCCCAAUCUCACUCCAAAGUGCGCACUUGUCGAUCGAUCGACAAACAGUUUGUUUUCCGUCGAAACAGGAGUGAAUGUUCCCAAGUUUUCCACCGAUUUUUUGAUAUAAAAAGUGAAAAAUGUCCCAAGUAAGGCAGAAUUUCCACAAGGACUGUGAGGAUACUAUCAACAAACAAAUCAACGUAGAGUUGAGUGCUAGUUAUGUCUAUAUGACCAUGGCCUAUCACUUCCAUAGAGAUGACGUAGCUUUGAUGGGAUUCCACAAGUACUUCAAAGAAUGUUCAGAGGAAGAACGCGAGCAUGCCUACCGCUUAAUGGAGUACAUGAACAAGCGAGGAGGAAAAAUUAUCUUGAGCGAAAUCAAAGCUCCAGAAAAGCAGGAGUGGACCUCGCCAGUCGAAGCGAUGGUCGAUGCUCUUAAUCUAGAAAAGGGAGUCAAUGAGAGCCUUUUACACUUGCACAAUGUUGGUUCCGGUCACAUGGACAUUAACUUAUGCGAUUUCCUGGAGCAACAUUAUUUGCAGGAGCAAGUGGAUGCUAUCAAGGAAAUAGGAGACCACAUUACGAAUCUGAAGAGGGUUGGAGAGGGUCUCGGCGUGUACAUGUUUGACCAAAGGUUGGAUAAGGAAGCUGCUUCCAAUUAGAACAAGCUGAAAUAUUUAGUAACCAAAAAUAAUACUUAUUGGAAAAGCGGAUGUAUUGUUUUUCUAUCCAUUUUUCAUCAAAUAUUGAAUAUGUUUCAUUUAUUUUUUUCGUUAUUGAUGAUUUUUCGUACAAAUAUGUUUAUCAGUUUUUAUCUUAUUGGUACGAUAACAAAACAUUAUGUCUAUAGCAAUUCAUUUGUCUUAUUUUGUUUCCGUUCAAAAGUUGUUUUCAAAAUACAAUAAUACUGUUUACAAUUAUUAAUUUUAUACACUUUUAUACCAAUAUUUGGAGGUAAAAGCAUUUUUAUCCGCUACUUUCAUUAAAGCUAGACAGAAAAAAAUGCAACCGUAAGAAUAAUCAUACUGUUGAAGUGUACACUUAAAAGCUGCAAAGACGUUACAAUGCACAAUUAUUUUAAAAUUUAAAAUAAUCAUACUGUUGAACUGUUGAAGUGUACACUUAAAAGCUGCAAAUACGUUACAAUGCACAAUUAUUUUAAAAUUUACUUGUAAUUUUAGCUUACAUUCUUAUGACAGUUGGCAUAUGACAUAUGACAACUCGAAGAUGACAUAUGACUGGUAAUAGAUAAUGCAAGGCAGACAACAAUUGACAACAGAUUUUAUAAUGACAUAGCACAUUGUCAUGACUUUUUUAAACUUUUUAAUAUCUAGCAGCAAUCUGUGGAUAAUUAUUGACUGAUAUAUUUGUGAUAUGUACACGUAUAUGUCUCUUAGUAUAGUAUAGUUGAUCCAAAAGAUGGCAUAACCCAGACAUCCAAAGCGAAAGUUAUAUUUUAACACCAAAUUGUUCUAUAUGGUCCACACAAUGUCCAGAAAAAAGUCACACCAUUUUGAGCGUCGGGUUUGGGGGGGAGAGGGGAGAGAAAUCGGUAAAUUCGUAGUUUUUUAAGUUUUUAGCCAAUAUUUCUAAAACUAUGCGGUUUAGCAAGAACAACCCUCUAUACAAAAUUGUUCUACAUUAAAUUUGAAAUAAAAAAGGCCCUAUGCAUAAUCUUUCUAAAAUGAAUGGUUCCAAAGUUACGGAGGUAGUAUAGUAUAACUGGUCCAAAAAAAGGCCUAACCCAAACAUCCAAAGUAAAAGUUUUCCUUUAACACCAAAAUGUUCUAUAUGGUCCACAUAUUGUUCAGUAAAAAGUUACACCAUUUUGAGCGUCCGGUUUGGGAGGGAGAUGGGAGAGAAACCGGUAAAUUAGUAGUUUUUUUAAGUUUUUCGUCAAUAUUUCUAAAACUAUGCUUUAGCGUAAACAAUGUUAUAUAACAAAAUGUUCUACAUGAAGUUUAAAACAAAAAAUGUUCUAUACAUAAUUGUUAUAGAAUCAAAGGCUCCAGAGUUACGGAGGGUGAAAAGUCGAGGUUUUCGAUACUUUUUAUAUUUUUUGGGCAAUAUUUAUGAUAUAACUAUACCAAAAACCCAGACAUCCAAAGUGAAAGUUAUCCUCCAACACCAAAUUGUUUUAUAUGGUCCACAUAAUGUUCAGAAAAAAGUCACACCAUUUUGAGCGUCGGGUUUGGGGGGGGGGGGAGACGGGGGGAAAUCGGUAUAUAUAAAAAGUAUCGAAAACCUCCACUUUUCACCCUCCGUAACUCUGGAGCCUUUGAUUUUAUAACAAUUAUGUAUACAACCUUUUUUGUUUUAAAUUUUAUGUAGAACAUUUUUCUAUAGAACAUUCCUUACGUUAAAGCAUAGUUUUAGAAAUAUUGACGAAAAACGUAAAAAACUAUUAAUUUACCGACUUCUCCCCCAUCUCCCCCCCAAACCGGACGCUCAAAAUGGUGUAACUUUUUACUGAACAAUAUGUGGACCAUAUAGAACAAUUUGGUGUUGAAGGAAAACUUUUACUUUGGAUGUCUGGGUUAGGCCUUUUUUGGACCAAUUAUACUAUACUACCUCCGUAACUUUGGAACCGUUCAUUUUAGAAGGGUUAUGCAUAGGGCCUUUUUUAUUUCAAAUUUAAUGUAAAACAAUUUUAUGUAGAGGGUUGUUCAUGCUAAACCGCUUAGUUUUAGAAAUAUUGACGAAAAACGUAAAAAACUAGGAAUUUGCAGAUUUCUCCCCCUCUCCCCCCUCAAACCCGACGCUCAAAAUGGUGUGACUUUUUUCUGAACAUUACGUGGACCAUAUAGAACAAUUUGGUGUUGGAGGAUAACUUUCACUUUGGAUGUCUGGGUUUGGGUCUAACUAUACCAUACUAUCUGUCUAGUUUUGAUUAAGGUUGUUUUUAUAUAGAGGAAAAACUAUAUGAUUGGUAUCGAACUUAUAUAACAGAUUGUCAAUUGAGGAUAUUGUUUUAAUAGCAUAUAUUACAACGUGAUAUAUAACUUUAUAUAGAUAGGCUUAAUAUAUUGUAUAAUAAAAAAUUUCAUUUCUCA